CUUGCAAUCUUCCUGCCCCAGCCUCCCAGAUUCCUGAGAUUACAGGUGUGUGCCACCAAGCCCAGCUUCACAAUAUUACUGCAUUUAAACUUUACAGAAGGGAACACUCACUCCAGGAAGUUAGGAACCUGGGUAUCAUCACACAGCGAAUUAUCUAUAGACUAAACAUGGAAAUCCAAACCCCUGGCCUUCGCCCUGCGCUGGUCCACUGACUGGUCCUCCAUGGAUAAUUGCUCAGUGUGGUCGCCAGCUCAGUGUGGAGAGGACUAGUUUGCCUGCAAGGGAGAGAAGCUAAUUUGUGCAGGCUCCGUCCUGGGAAAGGGUCUACUCAGCCAGGAACCCUGGGUGUAGGGGCUACCGCGAAGGGAGGGCUGCAGUCAGGUGUGCACAGAGAGAUUUCCAGCUAGGCUGCCUCUACCUGCCUCUUCAGAGGGUUUGAGCAGUUUCAAGAAACAGCCAGUGAGGACCGGGGAUAUAGCUGAGUAGCAUAAGCGCCUGCCUGGCAAGUGCAAGGUCCUGAGUUCGAUUCCCGGUACCAAAAAAAAAAAAAAAAAAAAAAGAAACAAACAGCCAGUGAACCCUCAUAAGCCAUUUCCCCUCGCAGCCCUUCGGGAGCUCCCCUUAAGUGUAUUAAAUUUCCUGGAUGUUGUCGAUGGCGUUUUCAGCCGCAAUCUCUGGUGAUCCCAGUCUCAUGCCUUCCAAACAAUGCACACCUAUUAAACUGCUGCCUGUUUUCCCUCCUCUCUUUACAGACUGAUCCAGAACACCAAAAACCUGGUGUACAUUGGGCCUGGUGCAUUUACACAUCUCCCGCGGUUAAAAUACCUGUGAGGAACUGUCUUGUAAACACUUGGGGAGGGGAAGGUGGACAUGGGAUGCAAAAUCAAAACCAUUAAGAAGCUGAGGAGAGUGCCGUAACCCGCAUGGGCUGCACCGUCUGCCUGCCCGACUCUUCUGCUUUGCUCUGUGUUUCUUGUCAGCCACCCUGCUGCGUGCUUUUGCAUACAUGGUGGCGGUGAGUGGCUCACAACACUGUUUCUGUCCCAAACUCCUGAGAAGAACGUGAUCCUCUGCAGUGAUUUUCAAAAUUAACAGUGGUGCAGGGCUGGGGCAAGGUUACGACACUUCCAAGAGCAUAAAUCAGAGGCUCUAAGGAGCAUCUGUAACACAGGCAUCCGGUCGUUUCCAGAUGUUACGAAGAUCUUCUCAUCGGAAUUUAAUUUCAUUCUGGAAAUUUGUGAUAACUUACACAUAACCACCAUACCGGGAAAUGCUUGCCAAGGGAUGAGUAACGAAUCCAUCACACUCAAACUCUACGGAAAUGGAUUCGAAGAGGUACAGAGUCACGCGUUCAACGGCACGACGCUCAUCUCGCUGGAGCUAAAAGGAAAUGUACACCUGGAGAAGAUGCACAACGAAGCCUUCGGGGGGACCAGAGGCCCCAGCGUCUUGGAUAUUUCUUCCACCAAAUUGCAGGCCCUGCCGAGCCACGGACUGGAGUCCAUUCAGACGCUAAUCGCCACAUCAUCCUAUUCUCUAAAAAAAUUGCCAUCGAGAGAAAAAUUUACCAAUCUCCUGGACGCCACGCUGACUUACCCCAGCCACUGCUGUGCUUUUAGGAACUUGCCAACCAAAGAACAGAAUUUUUCAUUUCCUAUUUUUGAAAAUUUUUCCAAACAAUGUGAAAGCACAGCAAGAAGACCAAAUAAUGAAACACUUUUUUCUGCCAUCUUUGCUGAAAGUGAACUGAGUGGCUGGGACUAUGAUUAUGGUUUCUGCUCACCCAAGACACUGCGAUGUGCUCCGGAGCCAGAUGCUUUUAACCCCUGUGAAGACAUUAUGGGCUAUGACUUCCUCAGGGUCCUGAUUUGGCUGAUUAACGUCCUGGCCAUCAUGGGAAACCUGACUGUCCUCCUCGUGCUCCUGACCAGUCGUUACAAACUGACAGUGCCUCGUUUCCUUAUGUGCAAUCUCUCCUUUGCAGACUUCUGCAUGGGGCUCUAUCUGUUGCUCAUUGCCUCAGUUGAUUCCCAAACAAGGGGCCAGUACUACAACUAUGCCAUAGAUUGGCAGACAGGGAGUGGGUGUAGUGCUGCUGGUUUUUUCACCGUGUUUGCAAGUGAACUUUCCGUCUACACCCUCACAGUCAUCACGCUAGAGAGAUGGCACACCAUCACCUACGCUGUUCAGCUGGACCAAAAGCUGCGAUUGAGACACGCCAUUCCAAUUAUGCUUGGAGGAUGGCUCUUUUCAACUCUCAUUGCCAUGCUGCCCCUGGUGGGUGUCAGCAGCUACAUGAAGGUCAGCAUCUGCCUUCCUAUGGAUGUGGAAACCACGGUCUCACAAGUCUACAUAUUGACCAUCCUGAUAUUCAAUGUGGCAGCCUUCAUCAUCAUUUGUGCCUGCUACAUUAAAAUUUAUUUUGCAGUUCAGAAUCCAGAGCUGAUGGCUACCAACAAGGAUACCAAGAUCGCUAAGAAAAUGGCGGUCCUCAUCUUCACUGACUUCACCUGCAUGGCGCCCAUCUCUUUUUUUGCCAUCUCAGCCGCCUUCAAAGUGCCUCUUAUCACCGUAACCAACUCCAAAGUUUUACUGGUUCUCUUUUAUCCUGUUAAUUCUUGUGCCAAUCCAUUUCUAUAUGCAGUUUUCACAAAAGCAUUCCGAAGGGAUUUCUUUCUGUUGCUGAGCAAAUUUGGCUGCUGUAAACAUCGGGCUGAACAUUAUAGAAGGAAAGAAUUUUCUGCUUACAACAUCAACUGCAAAAAUGGCUUCACUGGAUCAAAUAAGCCUUCUCAGUCCACCUUGAAGUUAUCCACAUUGCACUGUCAAUAUUCAGCUGUCCUAGACAACACUUGCUACCAAAAGUGUUAAGUAUUAUAUCAGUAACUGUAUUAUUGAAUUAUACUUUAAAACAUUACCUAUACUAGUAACUUAAAUAUAAAUAGUUGGUUUUAAGAAAGGAUUCCUUUUAAGUACAUUUAGUAAGAGAUUUUACCUAGUUCAAAGAGUUGUCCAAGACCGUUGCCCAUCUAUUUUUCAUUUGUACAUAGUGACAUAAAAUUUUGAAGUUGAUAGUGUUUAGAAAUUUUUAUAAGUUUUCACAGAGUAAUCUUAUAUUUGGUGAAUCUAAUAAAUAGAAAGUUGUCAAGCAUGAUGACAUUUGCCUGUAAUUCCAGUUACUCAGGAGCCAGAGGCAGAGAUCCCACAUUUGAAGCCAGUAUGGAAAACUUAGGGAGACUCCUUCUCAAAACAAAACAAAACAACAGGACCAGUGAUGAAGCUUAGUGGUAGAACACUGGGUUCUGGGGUCUGAAUAUCUUUGACUUUUUUUCAUUUCAUUUUUAUUGCAUUCUACAAAAAUAGUAGUUUAUAGCAGAUUGGAAAUUUAAAGUAACUGGUCUUUUUCCUCAGUUUGAGAAAUACACUCAAGAAAUGCACUGUAUAAUCUGGUAGCCACUAGCCAUGUGCGGCUAAAUUAAGGUUAAAUAAAAUGAAAAAUGUCAUUUCUUAGCUACACUAGCAUAUUUCAAUGUGUAAUUUACUGGCAUCUGUGACAAUAAUUAUCACACUGGAGAGCUCAGAUGUAGAGAGUUCUGUUGGGUAACACUAUUCUAGAGACUUCCAUCUAUCUCCUGUCUAGAGUCUGCUUAUUUAAAAUGUAACCUAAAGUAAACAGCUAACAUAAAUUUCAGCCUGUCAGCUUGGUCUGGUGUUUCUCUUCUGAAUAACAAGGAAAUAUUACAUUGCACACUGCAAACUUUUUAUGGGUAGGGCUCCUAUCUCUGCUCAUUUUGUUUCCUGAUCUCCUACUGCAAGAUCUUGGUAAUAAAACACAACAAAUGUACCAAACUGCUCUGAAGGUACAAAAUUUAUGAGGAAACAUAAUUUUUUAGGAUAUUAUAUUUUAAGUGAAAAAAACUAAAUAUUCAAAAAUAAUUAACUUUCAUCAUUUCUACUCUUUGCAAGUUACUGAAAAAUACAUUUUAUAUUGUUAGGAAGUAUUUUUACUUAGAAUUGGCUCUUGCAGAACAUCAAACUAUGCUUUUAAUUGCAUUGUUUUUAAUACUCUUUUGAUUUUUUAAAGUAAUUUUUAUUGAAAGCUCAUUAUGUCCCAAACAUCUUGAUAGUGCUGUUAUAUAAUUUACCCUACUAAAUCUUCAUAAAGCUAUUAUAUAGCUAUUAUUCAUGUUAUAUAGGUGAAAAAAACCUAUUACAUCUUGUCACAGUUCUCAAAACCAAUAAAAGAUUCAACUAA